CGAGAGCCAAGAGUUGCCGUUUCUGCGCACCGAUGCCAAAACGCGCGAGGGGAGUCAGUGCCAAAGGGUCAUUGUAGCGCACCACUGCUGAGAUGGAAGGACUGUAGGGAAUCCUAAACUAAACAGCUACCAUUUGAACCCAGAUGAUAUAAUUAUAUCAUUAAAAUUAAGGAAAGAGAGAGGAGCUAAAUAGGUGACAACAUCCAUCACUGGUGGAGUGCUCCGUAGGCUACUUAAUCUACCACCGCGGUCGCUGCAGAAGCGGACAGUCCAGGAUUUUUUUUUUUUAAUCUGCAAAAGCUCACUUUAUCGGCGCACAUAUUAGCUCAUCGGUUGCCUGUAGACGCUUGCUUGCGAAAACUACACUUUGGCGUCUUUAAUCCAAGUGUUGCUUCCUCCGAAGACGCAGCAGGACACUGUGGACAGAGUGGUCCUCCAUCCUUAUCGCGCCGUUGACCGACCGGUGAUCUUCCAAAAGACGCAUCAAAGUUACAGCUAAAGACUGUGAAAAGCAGGAGAGGAAUACAAAGGGAGCGGGAAGUUGGUCACCUGCGAUCCAGAGAGGACCGACACCACGGUCCAAGCCGACUCCAAGUGCCGUUCACCGGGCGAUGCCAGAGUAGAUGCCGGGGCAAUGUCCCGCCGCAAGCAGGUGAACCCGCAGCACUUAUCGUUGACGCACCGGGAGACAAUACAAGCAGAGGUCAAUCAUGACUCAGCGGCAGGAACUCCAUCACUUGAGCUGUCCACCCCCAGCCCUCGGAGGACAGCAUCUGGAGAGCAUGAUCUCUUGACCUGCGGCCAGUGCCAGACUAACUUCCCUCUGGGUGAUAUCCUGGUUUUCAUCGAGCACAAGCGCCGUCUGUGCCGGGGGCCUGUUGGCGGACUGGGGUCCUUCUCCAAACCUGGGGAAGCUGGCGGGGUUAUGGGUCUUCCCAUCUCUCCCAGGGGCAGGUCACUGGAGCUGGGAAGAGGGGCUGUUCCGGUGGAAGUGGGCGUCCAGGUGACCCCUGGAGGAGAGGAGGAUGAGGAGAGGAGGCUGACCCCGGCCAAAGGGAUCUGCCCCAAACAGGAGAGAGGAGAAAAAGAUGAACCAUCCAGCUACAUCUGUACUUCCUGCAAGCAGACCUUCACCAGUGCCUGGUUUCUGCUUCAGCAUGCCCAACACACUCAUGGGAUCCGCAUCUACCUGGACAACCACCCAGCUAACUGCUCCCUCACUCCCCGUAUGGCUCUGCCUCCACCCCCAGGAGCUGACGCCUUGCCCCGCUCCCCUCUACCCACUUUCCUCGGUGAUGCCAACAACCCAUUUCACCUCCUCCGCAUGGCUGCACCCCAGCUCAGGGAUCACCCCCCUCCUCCGGGCUAUAUGGAGACGCGGCUGCCUGCAACACCGCCCUUUGUCAGCCCACCGCCUCCCCCAAGACCACCUCGUGAGCGGCUGGGCCCAGAGGAAAUGGGGCUGCUGUCACAGCACCCCAGUGCCUUUGAAAGGGUGAUGCGGAUGACCCCCAUGGAGCCCCCUUCCAUGGACUUCUCCCGUCGGCUGAGGGAACUGGCAGGCAACACAACCAACAAUGGUGGGCCCACACCUCCUCUUUCACCCAACCGUGUGCCACCCAUGCAUCGCCUCCUGAGUCCCACGCUUUUCCAGCAUGGAUCCCAGCUCCCGGCAUUUCUUACCUAUCCCCCGCAGCCACCCACCUCUCAGGGGGGACACGGUUCUUCAAGCCCUCCAGACGCACAGGGUCAGAACCAGACCCCGGGGAAAUCCAAAUCCUGUGAAUUCUGUGGCAAGAUUUUCAAGUUCCAGAGCAACCUGAUCGUCCACAGACGCAGUCACACGGGUGAGAGGCCGUACAAGUGUCAUCUAUGUGAUCAUGCCUGCUCCCAGGCCAGUAAGCUUAAAAGGCACAUGAAGACACAUAUGCACAACAAGUCUGGGGCUAUGACUGGCUCACCAGAACGGGGAAAUAGAGAAGAGGGGGGAGAGGGUGAAGAGAAGAACAGGGAGGGAGAUGCAAGAGGAAUGGGGAUGGACAAUGAGGAGGAGGAGGAUGAAGAGGAGGAAGAAGAAGAGGAGGAAGAGGAAGAGGAGGAAGAACUGCGAAAUGGCAGUCGGCCGGAUUCCAACUUAAGCGAGGACUCUCAGGAGUUCACACAGAACAGAGAAAAUGGCCCGAGACAGUCUCCCAGUGAGAACCCCCCAAGCGGGGAUAGAGUAAAUGACAGUGGCGGGGUGGGCAUCAUGCACCCGUACAACCAUCUGGACAAUCACCUCAGACUUAACCCUAACAAGAGGAGCUUGGAGAGACAACCUAAUGGCGAUGGUGGAGAGGGGGCUGAAGAGAGAGAAAGAGAAAAUGAGAGGGAACCGGACAGAGAGCGAGUAGAGCAGGAACACCAGAGACCUAUGAUGAAUGGCAGAAUCAGCCUAUCUGAAGCAGAGUCCUUUCCUGGGCUGUUCCAGAGGCGGCCCACCCCCAUCACUAGCCCGAGCCCCUCCAACAACAAGAGGAUCAAGAUAGAGAAAGAACAGCUGGAGAUUCCCCCGACCAUACCUCUCAUCUCCCCGGAAAAUGUCUACUCUCAGCUUCUGGCUGGCUAUGCUGCUUCACGCCACUUCAUCAGAGAACCUUUCUUGGGAUUCACUGAUUCCCGUCAGUCGCCGUUUGCCACCUCCUCGGAGCACUCCUCUUCAGAAACAGGAAGCCUCCGCUUCUCCACCCCACCUGGGGAGCUAAUGGAAGGCGGGAGUGCCUCGGGGCGCAGUGGCAGCAGCACCCCACACCUCCUGAGGGGACCUGGCCCUGGCAGGCCUCCAAGCUCCAAAGAGAGGAGGAAUGACACCUGUGAGUUCUGCGGCAAGGUGUUCAAGAACUGCAGCAACCUCACGGUGCACCGACGCAGCCACACAGGGGAACGGCCCUACAAGUGUGACCUGUGCAGCUAUGCCUGCGCCCAGAGCUCCAAGCUGACCCGCCAUAUGAAGACCCACGGGCAAUAUGGAAAAGAGGUAUACCGUUGCGACAUCUGCCACAUGCCCUUCAGUGUCUACAGCACGCUGGAGAAACACAUGAAGAAAUGGCAUGGUGAACACUUGAUGGCCAGUGAGGUCAAACUGGAGCAAGCGGACAGAAGUUAAGCCAGCAACCAUUAGUUAUACAGCAUACAGUGUACGCAAACACUCUCUCUCUCUCUAUCUCUCUCUCUCUCUCUCUCACUCUCUCUCACACACACACACACACACACACACACACACACACACACACACACACACACACACACACACACACACACACACAAUCCUUAUAACCACUUUUUCUUCUGCAAUGGGGCUUGGCUGGAUAAUCUCUCUAGAAAAUUUUUUGAGAAUGAUUGAUGUUCAUCCUUUUUUUCUUGUCACAGAAACUGCCACCUGAGAAUAUAAACAAAGGGAAACUUUAAUGAGAACUUGCCUAGAAUGCCUAACUAGGUGUUUCUUGGCAAACCGUCUGAGGAUUUUAUCAGUUAGGAAUCCAUGGAGCCUUUCUACUGUGCAAUAAUUUCUGUAUUUAUUGGAUUUUUGUAAUGAUAUUUGGCAUGUGCAGGUACAUCUUUGUGGGAUUUCAUAUGGAGUUAGUUUUGAAAUGUGCUAAAAAAUAAAAAAAGAAUUUUCUUUUCUAAAAUGUGAUAAAAGAAGUCACCCUUAAUACAAAUUUUCUGUUUUUCUUUUUCCUUUAAGGAAGCUUAUUAUCACGUGAGAGUAAAUUUGUGUGAAGCAGAUAGCUUUUAAAAGUAAAAAUAAUUGUUUUCUAUAUUAACUGCAGCAGCGGACUACAAUCCAUUCCCUCGUACAGGCUCAAAGCACUGAAUGUCAGCCUGACAAUAAAACAAUAUGCUGGAUUUUAAAAAUCCAACAUAACCUUAGAGAUCUGGUGAGUUACUAUUAAUUUAUUCAGGGAAUUGUUUUUUGUCCUUUUGAACAUUGGCAUGUGAAUAAUUUGAAAAUGCAGUUACUGUAUUGCUGUCCUUGCUUCACUAAGGACAUAAAUAAAGGUUGCACUUGAUGGAGAUACCCUUAACUGAUGCUCAUUACAUUCCCAGUGUAGGUUAAAACCACCAUAUUUAAUAUGUUGAAUAAAUUGAGACUACUUGUGAUUAAUGUGAGAAGGAGAACAGUCCUGUUUAUGGUUUGUAAAUAUAUUCUUUUUUUUUAUAUGUUAAAGUAGCCCUGACUGACCAUGAAAUAUGGCCAAGACUAAACAAUCAGAAGACCAGCUGCUUGCAUCAUCCACAGUAUAUGCUAAGUGUAACUACCAUACAUUAUUGCUUUAUCAGACUGUCUGAGUACCCACAACCCCUUCUAAUGUGUGCUUUACUUAAAGGUAAUUUGUUAAACUAAACGUGCUUCAGCACUCUCUAAAUCAUUCUCUAUCGCCCUCUCAUGUCUGGCAUGGCGACUCUCUCUGACCCAGGUUGACUUCCUGUGUUCCCCUCACGGUGCACAAAAUGGUUUUCAGAUGAAAUUGGUAUCAGUACGUGUUAGCGUGUGUUCUUCUCUGCGCGGCGCGCACUAAGCCUCUCUCUGUGACGGCGUCUUUUCACAGUUCACUAGCUCAGAUUCGUGUAUUAGAGCUGCUUUUAAAGGGAAGCCUGUUCAUUUGCCUUGCAAAGUGAUACGGGUUUAACUCUCGGUAACAGAUUUUGAGACAGUGUGCAAGUUUGUGUCUUUUGGGGAUUGCAGUUUUUUUAUUUUCUGCAUCGUUCAUCCUGAAAUGAAUCUGUAAUGUAAAAAAAACAUACAUAUAUAUAUAUAUAUAUAUAUAUAUGUAUCAAGAGGCUGAAUGAGUUAUGAUAAUUUUGAGCACAGCUGCGCUAAGGCCUGGCCGGCCGACCUUGAGUAGGGGCUAUUCUCAGAGCAUAAAAUGAAAGAUUGGAACUGAGAAAUGGAGACGUGAGAGAAAGAAAUGGAGGGAGAGAGAGCAAGACCUUGACCAGGGAGAAUAGUCAUUCAAAUGAAAUUGGGAGCAUAUGAAAAGUGUAUUUUUUUUGUAACCAAAUGCACUUCUACCCGCCACAUCUUAUAACAGACCAUCAGAGUGAGACAGAGUGAGCGUGAGAGGGAGGGGAGACAGCAAAGCCACAUGAAAGGAGAUUGAGAAUACGUCUUUCAUUUUACUACUGCAAAUCUCAAUCAUCAAAAGCAUUGUCACUUGAAGAUCUGACCUCCCAUUUUUUGGCCUGCUUUCAGGUUUUAUCUGUGCCACUUUGUUUUUAAAGAAACAGAACUACGCUGUACCUUGAAUUCAAAGUCCUCUCGUUUUUUUUUUUAUGAUUUUACGACAAGGAAAAGGCUGCCGAGCGCUUCAUAAGCUAUCCAGUUACCUGGGAGUUCAAGAUAUUUUAGCAAAAUUGACAUGAAAAGCGAGAUCACCUGAAGAGCUGCUUUCAGCUUGCCUACACAUGUUGAUGCAUGACUGCAAAAAAAAAACAAGGUUCUGUUGUAAACGCACACGGUGUAUACGUCCCCCUCCCCGAAAGCCCAGUUCAGCCAAAAUGAGUCGUAGAACUGAAGCAGUGGAGCCCUCACAGUGACCCAAACACACAUGGACAUUCAGUCUUACAAUAUGUUUACAGUGUUGAAGUAUGCCAUUAAUGAAAUACUCUGUGUAAGUGUUUAAGAUGAUAAUAAAAUAUUGUUUUCUCCAAUGUUUUUUUUUCUCCAAAUGAUUUUGUAUGAUUAUCCUGGUGGAGGGAUUUUAUCUACAUGAAUAUGUUUCUGUAUGAUUGCUUCUUCACUCUAUGGACAGUUUUUUAAAUGUAAUAUUGCAGAAUCAUGCCAGGUUAUCAUUUUUUUUUCAAGUAUUUCAAGUAUUUUUUUUUCUAUUUGUUCCCAUUGUUUCUAAUUUUUUCUUUUCUUUUUUUUUUUUUGUUUGGAUUGAGUUUACUGUUUUUUGGUGAAGCUAUGCUCCACGGGUGUAAAAUAAAAUGAUUUCAAAAAUGAGAAAAAAUGAAUACAGUGGUUUUGUGCAGGAAUACUUUUACCAGAUCAUUUUAUCAGACAUUCAUGGACUUUUUUCCCUUUCUUUCUUUUUUUUUUUUCUUUUUCUUUUUUGGUGUUUAUCCUCAUGGUUGGUUGAAGGUCUUGUGCUAGCACAUUAAAAUGUAAUUUUAAAUACAUUUUCAUAUUUCACUUUUCACAACUUUCACUUACACUCUUUGUACAAAAUAGUUUCCUUGUUCUUUUUGGGGGGAGGAGGGUGCAUCAUUGUGAAAAAAAUAAGUGAUUUCAGAACAGUACACAUCUGCUGUUUUGAACAUAUAUGUAUUUUUGUAAUGUGUUGAAAAAUCAAUACAAGAAAGCCAACACUUCAAUAAAUGUUGCAAUUGCUCUA